AUGGCGACGGCGGGCAUGUGGCAGACGCGGUGCGAGGAGGCUGAGCGGGCCAAGGCGCAGGCGCUGCGGGAGGCGGCGGCGUGGAAGAAGAAGUACAUUGCCGAGCGUGAGCGCCGGCGGGAAAUGACCAAGACGCUGGUCGUUGUGCUGCAGCAGGAGCAGAACAAGACGUCGCAGAACGAAGCGCUGGUGCGACGCUUCGCCAGCAUCCUCAGCGACCCGAACGAGACGUCGGCGAUCCUGAGCCCGACGCUGCCAUCCUUUGACCUGGAUGGCGACGACGAAGACUCGACCGACGACGAGCAAGGUCCGUCGAGCCGAGGCCGGCAUACGUCGCCGCCACCGCUGCACCUGCUGCUGGACCAGCCGCCGGCGACCGUGCCCACGCGCUCGGUGCGGUCGAGCACGAUGGACAUUGGCCACGCUCCCUUCUCACUCUCGCCUCGGCACGAUGCAAAGGAGGAAGGCCAGGCCAUGAUGCUCAACCUCCUCUACGCACGCACGUUCCACGCAGGAUACCGGUCGAGCUCGAAGCGGCUGCAGACGCUCGCCAAGUCGAUCACGUGCUUCCACGGCAAGCGCGAUCGGAUUUUCGAGCAUUUCUUCAUCGCUGGGAUCCCAGCGUCGUCGUCGGCCAUCGAGCCCGUGCUCGAGGGCGAGUCGCCUGUCGGCUUUUGGAAGCCAGCCAUUCUCUUCCAGUACCCGCCUGCGGCGGUCUAUCCCUUGAAUGACCAAGCAGUCAGCGGGUUUUGCUUCCCCGUCGGCGCACCGGCGUUUUCGUGCUCGGUCGCCGACGCCGAGAGCCUCCGUGGGUCGCUCAUCUCGCAGUGGACGAGCGACGCUGCGAGCUGCUUUCGCCAGCUCCUCGAGCCGUUCAACGCGCAGACGUACACAUUCCGGCUCACGGGUUCGAAAGGCGAAGCGCUCUACGGGCUCUGCGCCGCCGUGCUCAUGGACGCCGACGACCCGCCGCUCUUGCUCGACAGCGGCCAUUUAGACGCGAUGAACUCCGACUCGGAUGCCGAUGGGGUCGCGCCGAGCAAACCGCGGUCGCUGCCGCGCGAUGCGACAUUUCACUCGCUCGCCGGCAUCUUGGCGUCCCCGCUCACGGACAAGGACGGCGCAUUCUUUGAAGAGUCGCCCGUCGUGCUCACGCCGCGGAGCUACUGCGUCACGAGCAAGUACCCGUUCUACAAGCUCCACUACCACUUUUUGCGUACGCUCAUCGAAGCCGACAUGCGCAGCCGGCAAGUCGCGCGCGAGGCCCAGUCGGCGCUGCACCGGCCGACGUUUGUCGACGUGACGGUGCACCAGCCGUUGCUCGGGCUGACGCUCAAGCGCAAGGACGACGUGGGUCCGUCCGAGGCAGGUCUCUCGGAGAAAGACGUGCGUCUCUUGGAUGCAAUUGCGACGCCUGCCACCAAGGCGCCCGAUGGCAGCGUGACGCUCACGGACGACCGACGUGCGAUGGCGCCGCCGCCAACAAAGGACGUGGCGCCCCGCGUCUUCUACCGCAGCCGGAGCUGGUCGGCGUCUGGCAAGAAACGCGCCUUGCCCCUCAGUGCAGCGGCGGCGAGACCUCGCGUCCAGGCUAUUGUCGACUCGGUGGAGGCGUCGAUGGGCAAAGCCGGCGUCCGCGUCGGCGACCUUCUCGUCGCUAUCAACGGCUUUCCCAUUGGCGACCUUGCGUUUGCCGAGUCGUUGCGUCUUCUCGACUCGGCCAAGCGUCCGCUCAAGCUCCGCUUCCAGCGCAUCGUGACAAAAGCUCCAAGACGGGCGUCGUCGAAUGCGCGCUUGGAGCGCGGUCGCGGGUCGUCCACGGUCUUGGAACUCUUGCGACGGUACCGCAGCAUGAAGGUCGGCGAGGCCGGGUCCUGGACCAGCGUCCGGCUCGGUCAUUGCGACGUCAAAUACCAGUUUCCAAUGGCGCGCACGGACGAGUGGACUGUUGCCGUGCUGCUGUCGCUCCUCUCGGCCGACAACAUUGUGCUCGUGCUCGGGCAUUUGCUCUUGGAGAAGCAAGUCGCUAUCGUCAGCGACUCGACCGCCAAGCUCGCCGCCGUGAGCGCCGCGUUUGUCGUGCUCCUUCGGCCGUUCCAGUGGCAGUCGACGUACAUUCCGGUGCUACCGUCGAGUCUGCUCGACUUUCUACAUUCGCCCGUGCCGUACCUCGUUGGAGUCCACAACGGCUUUGCACACGAUGAGUGGCCGGACGUGUGCUUUGUGCACGUCGAGGCUGACGACGUUGCGUCACCGUUUGCGCCGACGCCGUUUCCAACGAGCCGCGAGCUCGAGACGGUGCUCAGCGACUGCCAAGCCAAGAUGCGCGCACUGCCCGCGCGGCCGCCCCACCCGUGGCACGACCUCUCGGAUGCGGAGAACGAUGUGCUCUCGCUCGCCGUGUCCAAGACCGAGUGUCUCUUCUCGACGCUGUGCGGCGCCAUCACCACCCUUCCGCUGUUGCCCCACGCCACCAAGUCGUCGUACGAUGUCCUUCAAGAAGAGUUUGAAAAGGCCACAGCGGCCAGCGGCCACCGGCACUUUUACGCCGAGUUUGCCCAGACCCAGCUCUUUUGCCAGUACUGCGAAGCUGCGAUGCACGACGUCGACCAAGCCAGUACCCCUACGCGCUAG